AUGUACGGACGUCGCCCGCCGGGACCCAACGAUGUGCGACCCGGUGCCGAGUCACGCAGUGGCCCGGCAUCUGGCCCCGGAUCUAGCGGCGGAGACACGCCCAUGUCCAGGGCCGAAAAGUUCGAGGACGAGAAGAAGCGAAUUAUCCAGAGCUGCUACUCCAAAAAAGAUAGCGAUGGCACUUUGAUUGAGUCCUAUAUCACACACGUCCGAAUUACCGAAGAUGCGGCGCAUCCCUCGACACCAGCCCCGCCGGAAUCGUCUCCGGCGAACAAGAAACCCCGCGUCAUCAUCGUAUCUGUUCGGAGAUCAGGUCGGGUUCGAAUGCAUAAAGCCCGAGAAAAUGGCGACGGAACUUUUUCCAUUGGCAAGACGUGGAUGCUGGAUGACCUGACUGGUAUCCAAUCCUAUAGCGCAUUCGUGCCACAUACGCCAACAGAGCAACAGCACAAAGAGUGGGCAGGAAGCGCUGGCUUCGUGGUGAUUGUGGGGAAGCCAUACUACUGGCAUGCUCGCAGCCCCAAGGAAAAAGAGUUCUUCAUUGGCAGUCUAGUCAAGAUUUACAAGAAGUACACCGGAGGCAAAGUCCCGAACCUCAUAGGGUUCGACGAAAGAGAGAGGCAGUUGCUCACUGGGAAUCUCAACCCUCCGGCGCCUUCUGGACCACCAGCUUCAGCCUCACGAGGGGGCCCCGAACCCUCGCCAGAGACUCACGCAUCUACUCAACGGCAAAUGCCACCACAACAACCGCCCUACAAUCGCAACCCCAGCCGCGAAGGGUCCCGUGAGCCACGGCGGAAAGCCUCGGACGAUCCUCCACUUCGGUCACAGAAGAGUCGGGAGCAGAUGCCGCGCUCUGCUCCCAGGCGAGCACCUUCACCCUUCGGUCCACCCCAGAACCCGCCGCCAACUGGGCCACUUCCGCGCACAGAUCAAAGGAGUAGAGACCCUCCCCCAACCUUUCUGCAUGUUGGUGAAGAAUCCGAUAGGGAGUCUUCUCAGGGAGACGCCCGGGGUCCUCCAUCUCCAGACACUCGUGCGGCGCCAAUCCCGCCUUCACUUCUCGCAGCUCGAGGUUCCGAGGCCGUGGCCACGGAGCCAAAGCGAAGUACAGAGGCUUCUCGUCCCACGACAGCUAACUCCUCUACCAGUGACAAUCGAGGUGCAAUUCAGAGCGCUGAUGGGACCCAAAAGUCCACUCCCCACGACGUUCCUGACCCUGUUGCCGUCGUUGCCACACCUCCGGAGCCAACAGUCGAACCCCCGAGUCACCCAGUUGUCUCCGAAGAGGCAGGCUCAUCUUCUCCGGUUACAACAAUACAAAACCCACCAGUCCCUACACCUGCAAAGUCUACGGUAGACCCUCCCGCUGUGCCUGAAGAGGUUGCCACGUCCAAAGCUGCAGCUACUGUUGGCACCAAGGAUGAGGAUACCACUGAUAAUCAAAAGAUCGAAGAUGAAGGCGCAGAUGGAGAGGCACAUCGACCUGGUCUUGGUCCGAUGAUCAAGAAGAAAUCUACGAAAGACAUUGCAAAUGCGUUCCGAAAAGCUGCCAAUACAUAUGGCGCGUUCAAGCCCCGCGCUGGCGGAGCUGGAGAGCGUCUCCUGGCAGCUGCGAAAAAACAACAAGCCGCGACAGUGGGACCUGAUGGCAUUACAGCGGUCGUCCCCGCUCCAUCCCGGUCAACUAACGACGUCUCGAAGGUGGGUGCAGAUGACACUGUCGAAACAGAAACCUCGGCAGCGUCAACCAUUUCAGCACCUUCAGCACCCACCACUGCGCAGACCGCGCAGCCUGUGACACCGACGCUUCAAGUAACGCAGCCCGAAAAUGAGGUGUCAAUGCCAACUGCAAGCUUUGCAAACGAGACAAUUGAAUCGAGAGAUACCCCUCCAGAGAAUGUCAAAGUUGAAGAGCGCCCAAGAAGUCCCUCCCCGAGCGCCCAAAGUCAUCGGAAGAAGCGACGCGAAGACCAUACCGUCAAAUACUGUCAAUCCUUGGGCAUUGACCCAAGUGUACUUGAUGGACGCGGCAUUGAUUUUGACGAUAUUCUGACGGAUCUUGGAUGGAAUGGACGACUCGGCGACGAGCAGAAGCUUGAAGAUCUGGAAGCGGAUGUACGCCGGGAAAUUGGCCGAGUCGAGGCUACCAGCUGGCUGGGCAACCUUGAACAGCAGGAAGGAAAGGUCGAGCAGUUGGCAGUAUUGAUUGACAAGACCAUCGAGGAGUGUGAAGAGCUUGAUGGUCUGCUGACAUUGUACGCGCACGAGCUGAACACAUUACACGAAGAUGUUGCGUACAUUGAGGCACAGUCGCAAGGCCUGCAAGUGCAGACUGCGAAUCAAAAACUUCUCCAGAACGAAUUGCAGAAUCUGCUCAGGACUCUGUCUAUCUCACCGUCGGACGUGCGCCCCUUGCGAGAGGCCUCUCUGGCCAACUUGGAUGGAUUGAAGGAGACCGAGCACGCUCUGGCGACGCUUUACAAGGCAAUGCUGAUGAUUGAUGCGGAUAUUGGGCAGAAUAAGAGAAGGCAGGCCGACGCCAGUGUCGGUGUUUACGCCAGUACCGAGAUUGGCCAAAUGCGUGCGAUCAGGGAACGCAAGGACGAGUACCGCCAAGCCGCCCUGACGUUCCUCCAACGUUUGAAACCCUUCAUGGCUGUCGCCUUGAAGACGGCAGAACAGAAACGAACCGAUGCCGUCACUGGUUCACCAACAGAUCCUUUGAAACUCGAUGGCUUGGCACGUCAAAAGUUCCGCGAAGAAGUGUGGAGGUACAACACAUUGAUGCUAUUUGCAAAGGAAGUCAGCAUUUCGGAAUGGCAGGAUCUUGUGCUGCUUUACGAGCAACAAUCCAAGCCGUCAUAUCAGAAUGACCUCCGCGAAAAUCUAGCGGCGUGGAAAAAGGUAGCGCGCAAGCCCACGGGUGAUGAGCAAGAACUGCUUUUCACUCAUCAAGAGAAGGAGAAAGAGGCGGAAGGAAUCACGCUGGCUGCCCGUAAGCUCACCGUCCGACGUGGUAAGACGAUUCGUGCAGCUGCUGGCCUGAGACUGGGCUCGGGCGAGAAGAAGUCUACGGCGAAGGUGGAGCCCUUCGAGGCCUUUGGCUCGAGUUUGAGAGAGGCACUGCAGUUGAUGACGCACGAGCAAAACUUCAUUGUUCAAUUCUUCCACCUCGACUCCCUUGCCAUUGCCGAUUUCUCAGAGCUGGUUGCUGCGGCCGGGCCGGAAGCUCGACCCUGCCCCAGUUUCACCGCCAAGCAAACUCCGGACGCUGAUCGCCAGGCGGCGAAGCGUGUAGAACAGAUCAUGGACGAUAUCUUCUCCUUCUGGCCUAAUGACUUACAGAGUACGGUCGAUUGGGUCGUUCAGGCAGAUCCUAUGCAAGGAAUUGGUAUUCUUACCUCUCUGGAGUCCGCUAUCGUGCAGCUCGACGACACCAAUCAGGAGUUCAUCGUUCACUCUCUGCAGAAGAUCCACUCACGACUGAUGGGAUUGUUCAACCGAUUUGUAGAUGAGCAAAUACGCGGCAUUGAGGACACGAAAGUGAAAGUCAACAAACGAAAGGGAGUGAUCUCGUUCAUGCGGGUGUUCCCUAAUUUCUCCACUGCCGUGGAGAACAUGCUUGCCACCUCCACCGGGGAGACGAUUGAUAUUCGUAAUAAUGUCAACGAUGCAUACGAUCGUAUCAAUCGGGCAAUGUGGGAGAGUUUGAAAUUCAUCGCCAAGGAGGCACCUGGACAACCUCCCGGCGUGGCCGCCAGCGCUGGGGACCCCGAGGAUAAGGAGAUUCUGAAUUACCAUAUCUUGCUCAUCGAGAACAUGAAUCAUUAUAUGGAGGAGGUGGAUGCGCACAACCUGCCUGUUUUGCAACGGUGGGUGGAUCGAGCGCGUCAAGACUUUGAGGAGCACAUGCGAUUAUACCUCGACGCGGUCAUCCACCGGCCACUGGGCAAGAUGCUGGACUUUGUCCAGUCGAUCGAGAGCUUGCAGGUCAGUGGCAACCCUGCUGAGAUUGCGGCGCGGGCCAGUCACUCUCGCAUGGUUGCCAAGAAGAUUCUGUCCGCGUACGACGCCAAGGAAAUCAAACGCGGAGUGGAAAUGUUGAAGAAGCGGGUCGAGAAGCACUUUGGCGAUGCCGACGACCCUGGUCUCAGCCGUAGCCUGGUCUUGAAGGUCCUGCGGGAGUGUGAGCUUCGUUACGAGAAUGCUUGGGAUCGAACCCGGCGCCUCAUUGAUACCGUCUACGAGGGUCAAUUAGAAAUGGAGUGGCGCAAGGAGGAUGCUUUGAACAUGUUCCGAAAAUGA